AGCGUAUCCUCCAUUUAGCCUCCAAUCCAUCCCCAAAUCAAACGCUCCCAACAACAAUGGUCUCAUCUUCUCGAACCGCUCCAGGCCGGGGCCGGAACUGGGCGGAACUCCCAGACGACGUCACGGCCUCGAUACUCUCGCGGCUCGGAGCCAUCGAAAUCCUGACGAGCGCUCAGAUGGUAUGCGUGACGUGGCGCAACAUCUGCAAGGACCCGCUGACGUGGCGCACCAUCGACAUGCGCGUUGAUCUUGAUGAUCAGAGGCACAUUCAUCACGACUUGGAGAAGAUGUGCCGCGACGCUGUCGAUCGGAGCUCCGGCAAUUUGAUCGAUAUCAAUGUCGAUAUCUUCGGCACCGACGAGCUCCUCAAGUACAUUACCGACAGUUCGAUGGGAAUCAAACGCCUCCGACUUGCCCAUUGCUAUGACAUAACAAAUGAGGGACUGAGUGCAGUGGCUUCGAAACUUCCGUUGCUGGAGGACCUUGAAAUUUCAUAUUGUUCGUUCUCACAUGAACCUCUAGAAGUGGUUGGGGCCUCUUGCCCUCUUUUGAAAACAUUCAAAUUUAACAACCGGUGGUAUAGAUGGCCACGUGAAGAGUCCAAUGACGAUGCACUUGCUAUAGCAGGAACGAUGCAUGAAUUACGCCACCUCCAGCUGCUUGGGAAUAAGCUGACAAAUGAUGGCUUGCGGGCCAUUCUUGAUCGUUGUCCUCAUCUUGAGUCACUUGAUCUGCGCCGGUGUUUCAAUCUUAAACUGGGAGGAAAGUCGGGAAGAAGAUGUGCUGAACGAAUUAAAAAGUUGCGGCUUCCUGAUGAUCCCAUCGAUAACUCUGAAUUGGUUGAUACAGAUAUUGAUUACGGAUCUAAUGACGAAGACAACCCAUCCGCAUUUCCUGAUGUUGAUUAUAUGUUUGAUGAUGAUGAGUAUGAGUUCUCAUCUGGGAAUGAUUACGAAGACAAUGACAUGGAUGAUUAUGAUGUUUAUCCAUGGCUUUUCUGACUUUUGAUGCAUUGAAGACCUUGUAGCUUCUGAAAUCAGGGAUCUACCGUUCUUAGGAGCCCAUUUACGUAAUUGGUUCAAUUUUUUGCUUUCUAUUUUUUGUUUAGCAGACCAUAAUUGAUUCAAUUAAACGUUUUCCUAGGACA